AUGCCUGAAAAGAACAAAGAGGAGGCGGUGCUAGGGACACCAACGUCCGAUGUGGACCGCGAGCUCCAAGGCGAAGAAGACGACCUCGCCGUCGAAGAACUUCAUCCCUUUAGCAACGUUUCAACUAGUGCUGCUGCUGUCCUCGAUGAGAAGACAUCCGGAUCCGACUGCGAUGAAAAAUCAUCCGUCAAGGGUGCUGACGGUGUGAUCACCGCUGUGGCUGCCACGUCCGAAAAGAAGGAGGACGCGGACGGCGAGAACGACGGCCCACCACCGCCGCCAUACUCACGCUUCACGCACCGCCAGAAAAUCGGCAUCACACUCACAGUCUCCUUCCUGGCCAUCAUUUCGCCGCUAUCCGGUCAAAUCUACCUGCCAGCGCUCAACUCGCUUGCGACAGACCUGCACGUGUCCAUCUCGUCUAUUAAUCUGACCAUCACCACGUUUAUGAUUUUCCAAGGCAUCACGCCGUCAUUCAUUGGAAACUUCUCCGAUAUCUACGGCCGUCGUCCCGCUUACCUCAUCUGUUUCUCCAUCUAUGUCUUCGCAAACCUCGGCCUGGCCUUGCAGGACAGUUACCCGGCCCUCAUUGUGCUGCGUUGCUUCCAGAGCAUGGGCAGCAGUGCCACCAUCUCGCUGAGCAGUGCGACAGUCGCCGACCUCGUGACCCGUGCCGAGCGUGGCAAGUACAUUGGCUUUGCCGCCAUGGGCGUCACGCUCGGCCCGGCGCUCGGUCCCGUGGCCGGUGGUCUCCUUACCCAAUACUUUGGGUGGCACGGAAUCUUUUGGUUCUUGUUGAUUUUGUCAUCGGUCCUUUUUACAUUCAUGUUCUGUUUCCUGCCAGAGACCUGCCGCAAUAUCGUUGGAAACGGUAGCGUCCUGCCGCCCUGGUGGAACAUGUCUCUCUAUCAGUUUCUCAAAACGCGCCGUCUCAGUGCAGCGGAGCGUGCCGAGGUCGGAGACCGGUCCACUUUGACUAGAGGCCGCCGUCGGCCGAACCCGUUUGCGGCCCUCAAGAUUUUGAUGGAGCGCGAGGGUGGUGUCACCCUCGGCUGCGGCUCGCUGCUGGCGGCCGGCUACUUUAUGGUCACCACGACCUUGUCUGAACAGCUGCGCGACCGUUUCGGCUUCUCACCCGUCACGGUCGGCCUCUGCUACCUGCCCCUCGGGUUUGGCACGCUGUCCUCGCGGUGGAGCAUUGGUCUUCUGCUCGACUGGAACUUUCGACGAUGGGCACGUAUCCUCGGCAUCAGCAUUGACCUCAACAAGCAGCAGAACUUGGACGUCUUUCCCAUUGAAAAGAUCCGCCUGCAAAUCUCCAUCUGCGCCAUCUACAUGGCCUCGGUGGCCGUCAUCGCCUACGGCUGGACCAUGCAGAGCCACGCGUCGCUCGCCGGGAUUGAGGUUGCGCUCUUCUUCCUGGGCGUCUUCUUUGCCGGCUCCAUGAACGGCAUCAACACCUUGAUCGUCGACACCCACGCUGAAUCGCCUGCCACCGCCGUUGCCGCCAACAACCUGUUUCGCUGCUUUGUCAGCUCCGGUGGCACCGCCAUUGCGCUGCCGCUCAUCAACCGCAUCGGCAUCGGCUUCACGGCCCUUUUUAUUGCCGGCGUGUGGGUGGUAUUUAGUCCUGUCCUGUGGCUGGUCAUGUUCCGCGGUGCUGAGUGGCGCAAGAACACCAUGGCCAAAAAGGCCGCGAAGAAGGCCGCCAAGGACGCACAAAGGGAGGCAGCAUCCUCCAAUGUAUAA